GGCCGCACAUGUGUUUCUGUUUUGUGUUGUAGCAUUUGUUCUGGAAGCUCGUAUUUACAUUUUAAGUGUAUCUGGUGAGUGGGUUGGAGUCCUCGUCUGGGCCGGGAAAAAAAAAAGGAAGAAAAGCAGCCCUCCGAUCCGUCUUUUAGUUGCUCCUCUUCCUUUUUCUCUCCAGUUUUGCAUCACUCCGGCCAGCCGCGACCAUGCCCAGGAAGAAGGCGGUGGCGGCGGCCUGGGAGGAGCCGAGCUCGGGCAACGGCACAGCCCGCGCGGGGCCAAGGAAGCGUGGCGGCCCGGCGGGCAGGAAGCGCGAGCGCCCCGAGCGCUGCAGUAGCAGCAGUGGCGGCGGCAGCAGUGGCGACGAGGACGGCCUGGAGCUCGACGGGACCCCCGGCGGCGGCAAGCGAGCGGCGCGACCGGCGGCGGCUGGCAAGCCGGGCGGCGCGGCCGUAGUCAUCACCGAGCCCGAGCACACCAAGGAGCGCGUCAAACUUGAAGGGUCUAAGUGCAAAGGUCAACUUUUGAUUUUUGGGGCAACCAACUGGGACUUGAUUGGUCGUAAAGAAGUGCCUAAGCAACAAGCUGCUUACCGAAACCUUGGUCAGAAUCUGUGGGGCCCCCACAGGUAUGGGUGCCUGGCAGGGGUCCGGGUGCGGACGGUGGUGUCGGGGUCCUGUGCCGCCCACAGCCUCCUCAUCACCACUGAAGGGAAGUUGUGGAGCUGGGGGCGGAAUGAGAAGGGGCAGCUGGGCCAUGGGGACACCAAGAGAGUGGAAGCCCCCAGGCUGAUCGACGGCCUCAGCCAUGAAGUGAUCGUGUUGGCAGCCUGUGGGCGCAACCAUACCCUGGCCCUGACGGAAACGGGCUCCGUGUUCGCUUUUGGAGAGAACAAGAUGGGGCAGCUGGGCCUUGGCAACCAGACAGACGCAGUCCCCAGCCCUGCACAGAUAAUGUACAACGGCCAGCCAAUUACCAAAAUGGCCUGCGGGGCGGAAUUCAGUAUGAUAAUGGACUGCAAAGGAAACCUCUAUUCCUUUGGGUGCCCUGAAUACGGCCAGCUGGGGCACAACUCGGACGGGAAGUUUAUCGCCCGGGCGCAGCGGAUAGAGUAUGACUGCGAACUGGUGCCCCGGCGAGUGGCUAUCUUCAUCGAGAAGACGAAAGAUGGGCAGAUCCUGCCCGUCCCGAACGUGGUGGUACGAGACGUGGCCUGUGGUGCCAACCACACGCUGAUCCUGGACUCCCAGAAGCGCGUCUUCUCCUGGGGCUUUGGGGGUUAUGGCCGCCUGGGCCACGCCGAGCAGAAGGACGAGAUGGUCCCUCGCCUGGUGAAGCUGUUCGACUUCCCAGGCCGAGGUGCCUCCCAGAUCUACGCCGGCUACACCUGCUCCUUUGCGGUCAGCGAAGUGGGUGGGUUGUUUUUCUGGGGAGCCACCAACACAUCCCGAGAGUCUACCAUGUACCCGAAAGCAGUGCAGGACCUCUGUGGCUGGAGGAUCCGGAGCCUGGCUUGUGGGAAGAGCAGCAUCAUUGUGGCAGCUGACGAGAGCACCAUCAGCUGGGGGCCGUCGCCGACCUUUGGGGAGCUGGGCUACGGGGACCACAAGCCCAAGUCUUCCACCGCAGCCCAGGAGGUGAAGACGCUGGACGGUAUCUUCUCAGAGCAGGUGGCCAUGGGCUACUCACAUUCCUUGGUGAUUGCCCGAGACGAGAGCGAGACGGAGAAGGAGAAGAUCAAGAGGCUGCCGGAGUACAACCCGCGCACCCUCUGAGCGGAGCUGGCUCCGCCCGCUGUCAUACCAUGUGCACUGGGACAGGAAGUCAGAUGAGGGAUUUAAGCAGCAAGAGCUGACCGAAGAUGCAGUUUUGUUAGCCUCCCCAAGGUUCUGUUUUCUAAGCGAUUCAACGUUAACUACCUUUUUCUGUAUGCUUUCCAAAGCGUUUCCCCCGCAACGUUUAAUUAAAAUAUUUGCUCAUAGUUGAUUUACCAUUCCGACAAGAGGCAGAAACUUUGAGCAAUAAGUUUUUUUUUUAAGUUGUAUUUUUUUGUGUUUGUUUGUUUUCCUCUCCUGAAUAUGCUUCCCCAAACCUCCCAUUCCAGUUGUAAUUAGCAUUGUGGUCCAAGUGGGUGCUACAUGGCUGUUUACUCAGAUGAAAAUGUCCCUUAUGGGAACCAGCAGCAUCUAAGCCAAGACGUCCUUGGUGGCUGAGCUCCAUUCAAAAUCACGCUUGUGCACUUGGGGAGCAUCCGGGCCACUUGCCGCUUUUCCCCACAGACUGGCUCCAGCCGCCGCUUGCUCUGCUCCCCUUGGCUGCGUGGAAGCUCCACAGCCUUUUGGUUAAACCAUUCAUAGAAUCUGCCAUUUCCCCCCUGGUGGGGGCUUUGGGAUUUAUGUUUAGCUAUUUCUAUCUCUUAGCUGUAUAAGAAGUGCAAAUGAGAAUCAGGCCGUGGUGGAACCAUGGGGACCUGGGGAGCGGGGCACAGAUGGGGAACACUUGUGUAUGUCCAAGGGUCCGGCUUUAUGACCCCAGUGGAGCUCGGGCACUGUUGGCCCUGGCGCUGCUCAGAUGGAGGUCGAUCAGCCAACACUGAGUGCACUGUCCAUCCAGUCCCUGCGAGGAAGGACCAGCCCCCAUGUCCCAGCUGUGGACGCUGCCUCUGCUCCCUUCUGUCUCACCUGGUCACUCCUGUCCCCAGGGCGGCCACCUUGUCCCACGCCUCGGGUUGCUGUCCUGCUAACCCUGCGCUCUGGUCAUGUGUGCUUGGCUCCAAAUAGCUGGGAUCCCUGGAGAAGUUGCCCCCGGCUCAAGAGUGCACGCAGAAGCCGAGCAGGACUCCCGCGCAGCCCUGGCAAGUGCCCUCUGCCAGAGCCGUCCGGGGCGACCGCACUGCAGCAGUUACGAGGUGCCUUUCCUGGAAGCAAGCGAGGUGGCGCUGGCUGAGCUCGAGGUUUCCAGGGCCUGGACUGGUUUGGGUGCUUUACCUAGAUGCGUAGCUCAGUGUGCUUCUGGGGGACUUGGGCGGACGGAGAGUUCAGUUCUGGUCUUCAGCUUUGGUUUUGCUUCUGUUAACCACUUGUCAUUGUCUUCGUGUUAAAAUGCCAAAAAUGAUCUCACGGUCACUGGUCACUGCUUUUCCUCCUGCUUGUCACCCCACCCCAUCACCGCUCAGUGACUUGUCCUUGGGGGACAGGUUGCAGCUUGUGCCUGGCUGACCCUACAGCCUCUAGGGAGAUGGGGCUGGAUUUAAGACCUUACUGGAGUCCUUGCUCAUCUCUGCCACGGUGUUGGGACAGUGGCCCCCCCUGGGGACAAGCUUUUGCAGUGUCAGAACUUCCGCUAAACUAACCUGAUCUGUCCCUGUCACCUCCAGAGGCCUCCCAUGCAAGCUCCCACCUGAGCUAGCUGGCCGACUGUGCUCCUUAAUGUCACACCCUGGGGGUCUCCCUUGAGCUGUGUGGUCACCCAACUGGGGACGCAAUAGCCUGGGAGCUGUCCUGGGCAGACCUGGGCUCAGAUCUUCCAGGCAACUCCUGAAACCAGCAGCCAGCCACCCUGGCCAGGACCCCUCCAGGGAAGGUGUCCUGUGCCCCGCUUCGCCCCUCCUUUGGUGUAGAAUUGUAACAUGAACUUCCUCGCAAGGAGCACCCUUUAGGACAGGAAUUGGGGCGCCCUGCACUCCAAGAGUCGCAGAGGGCUGAGCCAGGAAGGGGCUUGGUGCCCUCCAGGUCCAGAAGGGAGGGUCCGAGGUGGAUGAGAAUCAAAGAGGAUAUUGUGAUUCGGCCGAAGGCGCCUGGUUUAGUGCUGUAAUUGUCUUUAUUUUUUUUUUAUAUAUAUAUUUCUUGGAGUAAACAUUUUAAAUAAACGGCAUCAUUGUUUA